AUGGUCAAAACAAUCCAGCUGGGCAGCCGGCUGCGGUACCCCAUCACCAUCACCAAGCUCUACAAGGAACCCAACCAGCCUAUCAAGAAGAAGGAAGCCCUCUUCCAGUACUCGUUCAAAUGGAAGCGCACCGUCGGCGACAACAUCCGUGGCGAGACAUGGGAAGCGGAAGAAACCACCUACGCCGACUGGAGUUCGCCCUCGGACGGCGAGCUCAAGUCGUGGAAGAUCCGGGUCGGCCAAGAAAUCUCCAGAGAUCAAGAUUGCAUGGUGGUCAAGGAGUCGUGCUCCCAUGAUGUCCAAUUCGGUGGUCUUUGCGCCAUCUGUGGCAAGGACAUGACAGAGGUCAACUGGGCCGCCGAGUCCCGCGACAUGGACCGCGCUCCUAUCAACAUGGUCCACGACCAGACACAUCUCACCGUUAGCGAGACGCAAGCCCAAAAGACCGAGAACGCCCUCCAGCGCCGUCUGCUUCAGCACCGCAAGCUAAGCCUGGUUGUCGAUUUGGACCAGACUAUCAUCCACGCUUGUAUCGACCCGACCGUUGGCGAGUGGCAGAAGGACCCGUCCAACCCCAACUACCCGUCCGUACGCAAUGUCAAGUCCUUCCAGCUCGACGAUGGACCCCGUGGCGUCGCCAACAACUGCUGGUAUUACAUCAAGAUGCGGCCGGGCCUCGAGGACUUUCUCAAGAAGAUCUCGACCAUGUACGAGCUACACGUCUACACCAUGGGCACUCGCGCCUACGCCCAAAACGUGGCACGCAUCGUCGACCCUGAAAAGAAGCUGUUUGGCAACCGAGUCAUCAGCCGCGACGAGAACGGCAACAUGUACGCCAAGAGUCUUCAGCGGUUGUUCCCCGUCAGCACCAAGAUGGUGGUGAUUAUUGAUGAUCGAGCCGACGUGUGGCCGCGCAAUAGGCCCAAUCUGAUCAAGGUCUCACCGUACGACUUCUUUAAGGGCAUCGGUGAUAUCAACUCUGGGUUUUUGCCCAAGCAACAGGAUCUGCUUACUUCGAGUGCGGCGACCACUAACGGUGGUUUGGCGCGCAUCGCGCCAGCGCCAGCUCCUGACAAGGAGGACAGCACCACGGUGGAGCCGCCGCUGGAGAAAGCCCUCGAAGAGCAAGAGAAGACGCUCGAGAAGCAGAUCAAGGACAGACCCCUGCAGGCGCUCCAAGAGCAACAAGAUAAGCAAGACGAAGAGGCCGAGAGAGCAUCCGCCACCCCGGAAAACGACAACACCGAGUCCACCACACCCCCACCCCCUUACCACCGGCACCAAGUUCUCCAAGACGACGACCGCGAACUUGUCUUCCUCGAAGACCACCUCACAUCCCUCCACAAGUCCUUUUUCGACGCUUACGAGCAGAACUCUUCCUCUCCAUCCUCGCUCGAGACACAAUCCAUCCCGGACGUAGGUACCAUCCUCACCAACCUCAAAUCCCGCGCGCUCAGCGGAUGUAAGAUCGUCCUCUCCGGCAUCGUCCCGAUAGGCAUGGACGUCUACCGCUCCGAGAUCGGGAUCCAAGUCGCCAGCUUCGGAGCAGAGCUACGCAGCUCCGUGACACGAGACGUGACGCACUUGGUGGUUAGUUCUCAGCGGCCACGGACGAAGAAGGUCAGACAGGCGAUACGGUUCCUGCCUAAGAUCAAGAUCGUCAAUCAGGACUGGCUGGCGGCGUGUUUCUCGGAGUGGAAGGUGGUUGACGAGAAGCCUUACCUCAUCGAAGGACUGGAGGAGGCGCAAAAGAAGUUGAGCGAGAAGGUGCAGGAUGCGGAGGCAACGGAGACGGUUAGCGAUGCUGAUGAUACGGAUAGUGGGAAUGCGCCACCUGGCAAGAAGAGGAUUCUGAGGUUGAAGUCACCGCCGAGGGUCCGGUUCGCCACCGCCGCUGUCUCUGGGAACGACGAUGAUGACGACGAGGAUGACUCGGACACGGGGGGAGAUGACGACGACGAGGAUGGGGAUAUGGAUGAUGAGCUCGAGGCGUUGAAGCCGAUCGACGAAGAUGGGCAAUUAAGCCCCAUUGAUGGGUUGAAGACGUUCAAUUGGGGUAGCGCAGAUGAAGAGUUGGCGGAGUUCCUGGAAUCUGGCUCGGACGACGACGACGAAGACGAAGACAAUGAUGACGAAGAUGUGGAGGAUGAUGACGGUGACGAAGAUGGGCAAGCAACCACCGCCCAGGUAACAACAGUUACCUCUAUCACCACCACAACAACAACGACCUCCACAAAACGCAAAGCAGACGACGACGACGGGGAAGAAGAACAACAAGAAGAAAGUAGUAACAAACGCCGGAAAUCCCUCCUUGGUGGUCCUGGUCCUGGUCUCUCCUCGUUAAGAAACGAGCUAAAGGAUGAGGAUGCCGAGGCUACAACUGCUGCCGUGGCUGAGGCUGCCGGGGCCGCUGCCGCUGCUGCUGCCGAGGUGCAAGCCCAAGCUGCUCAGGAUGCUCAGGAUGCGCAAGAUGCUGAUGACCUGGACAAGGAGUUUGAGGAGCUGGACGAGGAGGCCUUGGAGGCGGACUUCUUGGCCAUGGAUGCGAUGGAUGAGGGUGAUGUACAAGAGCAACAAGUGAACGGAGACGGGAAUGAGAAUGGGAGUGGGAAUGGAGGUGUUAGUGAGAAUGGUUAG